CCUGCCUCCCCCCCUCCUCCGCCGCCGCCUCCCCCUCCCCAGCCCCGUCCCCUCGCCGGCUGCCGCUCGGCCUUCUCCACGGAAAUGGCGCCACGGCCCCCCCGGCGGGCAUCGGCGCCUGCCCAUGCGGUGGCCCUCGCCCUCGGGGUGGCCCUUGCCCUUGCGAUGGUCCUGGCCCUCGCGCUUGCCCGGUCCCCGGUGGUGCCGCCGCCGGGCCCCACCCCGCCGAUCGACAGCAAUCCCGUCUACUUCCAGCAAAUGCUCACCCCCUGGACCCACUCGCCGACAAUGGAUCUUUCCGGCCCCCCGGGUCCCGGCCUGGGCACGGCCAUGGUCGCGGCCCUCCUGGACCGCGAGUCGGUGCUCCUCUCGCAGCCCUCCCCGCCCGGCCACCCGUGGGACCUCCGGGUCGGUAGUCUUACAUCGGUCGAUGCCGGCCCCCCCCUGGCCGAGGCCCUAGUUGCCCCGAGCACGGGCUACACGCCGCUGGUGACCUUUUCCCCCCAGGGCCCGGUUGUGUCGGCCCUGGCAUCCGACAACAAGUCCUUUGCUUCGAAUGAUCGCUCCUCCUGGCGGCAUUUGCCACAUCAGCGGGUCAGCUGGGUGUUGGCCUCCGUGGCCGACGGCCCCGACCGGGUGGGCAUCCUCUAUUUCGACACCAGCUCCCACGGCCUCAUGCUGGUCCGCUUCCGGCCGGGCGCGGAGCAGGAAAAUGCCCCGGUCAAUGUUCUCUCCCUGGCGCAAGGAUCCCAUCCCCUGGCGGUGGCCGGGCCCAUGCGCACUUUCCUGGUCUACAGCGGGGCUACCGUUUAUUGGUUCCAGUUUGAUUGGUCCAAUUAUGGCUUUCCAAUCGAGCAGUCCUCCUUCGGCGCCCCGGUGAUCGAUGCCAUGCUCGUGCGGGUUUUUUCAGACGCCGCGGUUGAGCGCGUUCUCCUCUUCGGCGAUGGCACCAUUCAAGUGUGCAUCAACUUCCUGUCGCAGCCUGACUGUGUCCAUCCCCGGCAUUUCGCCUUCCCACCUGGCAGUUCGGGCUCCGUGCGUUUGGUCAGGCCGCUGGCCGACACUCCCGUCGGCUGGAUCUACCUGCAAGACAUGGACCCCCCGGGCAUGCUGUGGCGCGUGUAUAUCGCCCCCGACGACCCGGAUGCCUCGACCAUCUGGCAAAGGGUGAUUCUCCCGGGGACAUUGGCCAGCGACCCGUUGAGCCUGGUGCUGCUGGUCGAUCGGGAUGCCCGUGGCGCCUGGGCCCUGACCAGCUCCUCGCAAACCUACCUGGAGAGCAAGGACUUCAACUGCGAUGGCGACCCGUCGAUCGUGUGCGACGGUGAUGCCAGCCCGGCCGGUGGGCCGCCCCAGCCGCUGGGCUUCAAGUGCGCCGCCAACCGCACCCUGGCGCCCUUCAUCCAGCCGGGGACCCUGUGUGCCGGCUGUGCGGACGGCACGUACAACGGCUUCUUCCUGUCCGCUCACACUGAGCCACAUUGCCUGCCCUGUUCGACGGCACAUUGCCUGCAGUGUCUCGCCGAUCAGUGUGUCGUCUGCGAAAGCGGGCACCUACUGCAAGUUGACACGGGCACCGGCAUCACCCAGUGCCUCCCGCAGUGCGAGUCGGCCUACACCGAGGCAGGGACCGUGUGCGUGCCGGCCUCGCCGCCGGAUUCGCGCGCGUUCGCCGCCUCCACGCACCGGCUGCCCAUCGACGCCGGCGCCAUUGCCGACUUCCGGCUUCUGGCCCACACGUCGCUCUGCCCGCCGCCGGAGGGUGGCGGCCCGCCACAACUCCUCAAUCCACGGCUGCCCCUCGACCAGCAGCCCCAUCACUAUCUGGCCUUCGUGGCCUCGUCCAAUCUUCCGGCCCUACUACAACUGGCCCCCGGGCAGCAUGCCCCGGAGCAUCUGUCCCUCCGGCAGCCCUUCAUCUGGCCCUUCGGCGCGAAAUUCGUGCACGCAUACCUGGAAACCCGGCCGCCCAGCCCGUGGACCGACGACUCUCACGCCCUGGCCAGCUUCUUCCUGUGCGCCGGCGGGUCCCUGUCCUAUGGGCAGAUGUUCUGCCAGGCGGGCACCGGCUUCGUGGCCAACCCCUCGGCUUCCACCUGCCCGGUGGAGGUGGUGACCCAGAGCGAGCUCGUGGGCAUCGGCUGCCAAACCAUCCGUCCCUAUGGGCCGGACCGGGUGACGGUGCUCACCGACGCCGGGCUGCUCCUCUUCUCCGCCGGCCACACCCAGCCCCCGAGCUAUGUCCCCCUGCCGGAGGUCUUCGAGCACCCGGCGGCCUUCCCCUCGGGGCUCUUCCCCGCCGGCGAUGGGCGCGCCUCGUGGAUGUUCCUGCUGCGCGACGGGCUGCCCGUGCUCCAGCCCCUGGAUGCCAUCGUCCAGGGGCAUCCCCAAACGCUCGCCCCUCUGGCGGCCCUGCCCCAGAUGCCGGGCUCCUUCGAGCCGGUGGUCCUGCCGACCGACCGGACCCUCUUCGGGGGGGAGUUUUUCCUGGCCAUGCUCACGCCCCCGCACCGAGCCACCGACCUGGUCUCUUGGGAGGUGUGGCAUGUGCCGCUGGGCAUGCGGGCCUCCUGGCGCACGGUGCACCUGCCCCACACGCGGCAAACGCUCGGCCCCCUCCCGGCCAAUCCCCAGGGGGCCUUCCGGUUCAUGGGGCUCGACCUGCGGCCCCUGGGCGAGCCGCACCACCCGGCGGCGCUGGUCCUCCUGACGCCGCAGCAUGUCGGCCUGGCGCUGCUGCACUGCCCGUCGGCCACGGCCAAUGCGCCCUGCUGGCUGCAGCCGGCCCGGUUCGUCGCGCUGGGCACCACCCUCCCGCACGUGGCCCCUGUCAAUGUGGUCCUCCUGCCGGCCGGCUCCCCGGCCGCCGGCUCCCCGGCCGCCGGGGCCUCGGCCGCGGGGCCGGAUGUCGGCCUGCUCCUGGCCACCGGGACCGAGGAGCUGCUGGUUGUGUCCGUGCCGGCCGGGGGCCACUGCCCGCCCGGCACCUUCGGGCCCGGGUGCACGCCCUGCCAUGAGCGUUGCCUGUCGUGCAACGGGCCGCUGGCGGCCGACUGCACGGCCUGCCGGCGGUCCAUCGGGGCCUUCACCAGCCCGGACUCCUGCCUGGACUCCUGCCCGGAGGGGCUGCACGAGCGCGGCCACCUGUGCCUCUGCCACGACACCUGCUCAUCCUGCGGGCAGGUGCCCGGCUCCGACAGUGCGUUCCACUGCCUGGCAUGCGGCGCGGGGCAUGCGCUGCCGGCGGGCGCGUCGGCCGCCGCCGCCUGCCAGCCCUGCCACGCCACGUGCGCCGAGUGCCGCACCCCUGGCGACCCGGGCUCGUGCAUCGGAUGUGCCGCCGGCCACUUCCUCCAUCAGGGCCUGUGCUUGGAAAGGUGCCCGGCCGGCAGCUGGGGCGAUGCCGCCAGCCAAACUUGCGCCCCCUGCCCCGGGCCAUGCAGCUCCUGCUCCUCGGCCAGCGACUGCACUGCCUGUGCCGCCGGGCACUUCCUCAAUGCCAGCCACAUGUGCCAGCCCUGUGACAGCUCCUGCACCGCCUGCACCGACGGGGCCACCUGCACCAUCUGCCGGCCGGGGAUGAUCUUCCUGGACCCGGACCCGGGCGCGCCGUCCCUCUGCGGCAGCACCUGCCCCCCGGGCGAGUAUGUCGCGUUCACCCGGUGCGCCGCGUGCGUUGCUUCCUGCGCCCUGUGCGCCGGCGGGCCGGACCAGUGCCGGGUGUGCGCCGAGGGGUUCCGCUGGGCCGGGCCCGCCCCGGGCCCCGGCGGCACUGGCACGUGCGUCGCCUGUGAGCCUGGGUGCGCCUCCUGCACGAGCGCCGCAUGUCUGUCCUGCGAGGCGGGCCUCCUGCUGACGGCGGCCGGCGCAUGUGUCGGUGCCUGCCCGGCCGGGUCGUUCAGCAACGGCGAGUCGUGCCAGCCGUGCGACAUUAGUUGCGCCGCCUGCGCCGACGGCCAGCCGGACCAGUGCACGGACUGUGGCCCGGGGCUGGAACUUGUCGAGGUGGCCCCCGGUGUCGGCACCUGCGAGUCGGGCUGCGCAGAGGGCGAGUACCUCCAGGGGACGGACUGCCUGCCCUGCGACGCGGCCUGCGCCACGUGCAACGGCCCCACGGACAAGGACUGCUGGCGGUGUGUCGGGGCCGUGCUCCAGGGCGGCGACUGCGUGCAGGCCUGCGCCGCCAGGCAUGUGGCCGUGGCCGGCCGGUGCCUGCCGUGCCAUGUCUCCUGCGCCGAGUGCAUGGGCACUCGGAGCACCGAGUGCCUGCCGGACUGCGCACCCGACUUGCUGGCCCUGCCGGCCGGGCAGUCGCCCACGCGCUGCGUGCCGGCCUGCCCGGCCGGGCACCACACCUCGGCGGCCGGGUGCGCCCCCUGCGGGGCGCACUGCGCCAGCUGCCCGGAGUCGAACGACACAUGCGCCCUGUGCGAGCGCGGGUGGCUGCUGGACGCGCCGAGCUGCGUGACCGAGUGCCCCCCCUCCUCGGUGGCGCAGGGCGGGCUGUGCGCCACCUGCCACGCCACCUGCGCCACGUGCUACGGGCCGGAGCCGGGGCACUGCCUGUCGUGCGGCGGCUCGAUGUACCUGCACAUGGAUGGGACCUGCCUGGGCGCCUGCCCGGCCGGGUUCUUUGGCCAAUCGGGCGCCUGCCUCCCAUGCAGCGCCGCCUGCGCCGAAUGCCUCGGGCCCGGCAGCGGCCAGUGCUCGGCCUGCCCGCCGGGCAGCCUCCUCCACCAGGGCACCUGUGUCACCCUCUGCCCGGCCGGGUACUUCGCCGACGCCGGCCGCGUGUGCCGGGCCUGCGAUGCCGAGUGCCUGACCUGCUCCGGCCCGGGCCGGUGCUCCUCCUGCCGGGCGGGCCUGCUGCUGACCGGGGCCGGGGGCUGUGUGGCCGGCUGCCCGGCCGGGUGGCUGGCCUGCCCGCCAACCGGCCGGUGCGAUGCCUGCCCCGGGGGCUGUGCCGCCUGUCAGGCGGACGUCCAGGCCGGCUGGGGCUGCACCGCCUGGUGCACUGCCUGCGACCGGGGGCUCGUCCGGACCGCUCGGACGGGGGCCUGCGCCGGGGCCUGCCCGCCGGGGGAGUUCCUGGCCGCCGGGUCGGCCGACGCCUGUGCCCCCUGCCAUGCCGGCUGCGGCACAUGCUUCGGCACGGCCUCCCACUGCACGUCCUGCCCCCUGGCCGAGCAGUGGCUGGACGUCGAGGCCGGAGCCUGCGUGGCCGGCUGCCCGGCCAGCGAGCUGGCCCCGGCCGAGCUCCCCUCCCCGGGUGCCGGCCGGCCGGCGCGCGUGUGUCUCGCCUGCCCGAAGCACUGCGAGCGCUGCGCCGCCGGGCCCGACAUGUCGCCGUGCGACCUGGCCCCGGGCGGGGCGCUCGCCUGCCCGGCCAUCGACACAUGCGCCCAGUGCCUGCCCGGGUUCCUGCUGCUCGGCGGGGCCUCCUGUGUGGGCGAGUGCCCGGUCGGGUACUUCCCGCAGGAGGACGCCCGCCCGCCGGGGUGCCUGCCCUGCCACGCCCGGUGCAAGGCCUGCUCCGGCCCCGGCCCCGGGGACUGCACUUCGGUGGCCGGCCCCUCUCGCGGCCGACUCGCCCUCGGCCUGGGCCUCGGCCUGGGGCUCCUGCUGCUGGUCCUGCUGCUGCUGCUGGUGGUCCUCCUCUUCCUGCGCCUGCGUCGCCGGCGCCGGGCCCCGAGCAAGGCCCGCGACGAUGAGGACGCCACCGUCAUGAACACCAUCGUGGAGCUGUCGCUCCCGGGCAGCAUCCUGGUGAGCAUCGCCAGCGACUUCUCGCCGCUCAACGAGGAUGCGCUCGGUGCCGGGACCCAGGCGUCGGUCUACGCGGCGCGCGCCGUCGGGGCCGGCAUCUCCGACCGGCUGGGCUGCCCGGGCACCGUGGCCAUCAAGCAGCUGAAGGCCGAGCGUCUGACCCCCACGCAGGUGACCCUCUUCCAGAACGAGGUGGCGCUGAUGUGGCUGCUGCGCGACGCGCCGAACGUCGUCCGGCUGUACGGCUACAGCGAGCAGCCGCCGGCCAUCGUCAUGGAACGCUACCAGACGGACCUGGCCACGCUGCUGCACUCGGACGUCCCCCUGGACCAGGGCACCAUCCUGGACAUCGCCCAGCAGUGGGCCUCCGGGCUGGAGGCCAUGCACGCGCAGGGGAUCGCCCACCGCGACCUGAAGCCGGGCAACGUGUUUGCCAGCCAGCGCCCGGAUGGCUCCUGGACGGCGGCCCUCGGCGACCUGGGCACCUCGCGCAACCUCAACACCGACCGGUCGUCGACACUGGUGACCGAGGCGCCGGAGCUGAACGCCCUGACGGCGCGGUACGCGGCGCCCGAGGUGCUGGCCGCCUUCCAGCGCCGGCGCCCGCUGGACCCGGAGCUCCUGCUCCCGGCGGACAUCUUCAGCGCGGCCAUCAUGCUGUGGGAGUGCCUCAACCGCACACUCCCCUGGGCCGGCAUGUGCUUUGAGGAGAUCACGGCCUCUGUGCUGGUCGGUGCCCGGCCCGACUUGGAAGGCAUGCCGGCCGGCUUGCUGGCCUCCUUUGGGGACCUUCUGCAGAUGGCCUGGGACUCGAAUGCCCACACGCGGCCGCUGGCCGCCUCCCUCCGGCAGAAGGCCGCCAUGGCGGCCCUCGGCCCCGGCGGCUGA